GUGCGAACACUUCCUGUUUUCAUUCUUCAUGUGACAUUUGAGCAAAUUCGUCUCGAAAGAAGGAAAAAAGCCUUCGGUAGCGCCACGUCAGGAUUAAAGCUGUAGAUAAACACCUCUUUACCGAACGACUCAAACACAUCGAGCGUCAUGGAGAGCAAAUAUAAUCUGAAGAGUCCAGCUGUAAAGAGAUUGAUGAAAGAGGCUGCGGAGCUCCGGGACCCAACAGAACAUUAUCACGCCCAACCACUGGAGGAUAACCUUUUUGAAUGGCACUUCUCCGUCAGAGGACCUCCAGACUCAGACUUUGAUGGAGGAGUCUAUCACGGCCGGAUCGUGCUUCCCCCUGAAUACCCAAUGAAGCCCCCCAGCAUCAUUCUUCUCACUCCUAAUGGAAGGUUUGAAGUUGGGAAGAAGAUCUGUCUUAGUAUUUCUGGUCACCAUCCAGAGACAUGGCAGCCAUCAUGGAGCAUUCGUACAGCAUUGAUAGCAAUCAUUGGAUUCAUGCCAACUAAAGGAGAAGGAGCGAUCGGAUCUCUGGAUUACACUCCUGAGGAGAGAAGAGCCCUGGCCAAAAAGUCUCAGGACUUCUGUUGUGAAACGUGUGGUAGCUGUAUGCGUACUGCUCUGCAGGCUCUCUCUCCUGACAGUGACCUUCGACCUGCUGAUCCUCAGGCACACAGACUCGCCCAGCAGAUCAACUUUAAGGCUGAAUCCAGUUCAGACAGUGGCGGUGCAUCGGCAGCUUCCAGUCAAGCUGAACAGCACAGCACCAGCGGAUUCACCGCAGACGACAGAGACUCACAGGACUCGACAUCAGCUGAGCAGUCUGGAUCAACCUCUCUGGCUCCUCAGACCUCAACUGAAGGUCCGUCUUCUUCAGUUGCUCCGAGUCCACGGCAGAGACGCACACAGAACCAGACCCAGUCCCCGAGAUACCCCGCCUUUACAGCAUCCCCCGUCGCCCAGCAACCUCCACAGGACACCGGUCACACGGGCUCGGUCGUCCUGAUUGUCCUCCUCACGCUCGCUCUCGCUGCACUCAUCUUCCGCAGAAUCUAUCUGGCCAACGAGUAUAAAUUUGAUUAUGAGCUGUGAACUGUAGACCUGCGUCAUCAUCUGACUGUCUGUCCUGCGUUAAUUUUCCCUUAGCUCUCGACAGCUUCAUAUACGGCAUAAAAUGGUCUUUAAUAUAACCAGGAAAGGUAACGUUAAAGCUGUCUCCCCUCCCCAAAAAAAGCUUUUAUAUUUUGCAUAUAGAAAGUGAAGUGUAAUUUAAGGAAAAAAAUUUUUUUGCUUUGUGACAUUAGCAUAAUUUUCGUUUGAUGACGGUUAAAGAGACGUUCACUCAAAAACUGCAAUUCCGACAUCAUUUAUUCUUCCACAUAUGAAGAUAUUUUGAGAAAUGUCUCAGUGGUUUUGUGUUCAUACAAUGGAUACGAUGGGGUUAAGUGUUGUUUGGUUAUCAACAUUCUUCAAAAAAGUCUUCUGUGUUCUGCAGAAGAAAGAAACUGAGUAAACGUGAGUAAAUUAUGAAUUUAUUUUUUGGGUGAACUGUCCCUUUAAGCACGUUACUAAACUGUCCUUACUGUGGUCAAAAACAGAAUUAUAUGUUGCUCAUAGGACAUAAUUGUUCUAUUUGUUGUAUUGUCUAUAAUUUAUAAUGUUUUUAAUAAAAGGAAAAAUGUCUGCACAAAAUAUGUUAGAAAACGAAACAACAAAGCAGACAAGUCAGACUUCUUGUUGUUUGUCAUAAAAAUGAUGUCAGGAAAUUAUUUAAUUUUGCUUUUUUGGCUGUCCACAAGUUUAUUAGGGUGUGAGACUGGGGUUUCCAUUUACCAAAAAUACUUUUAUAGGAAUCACAGUUACAGUUUCAGUGUGCAACAUUUACUCUCAGCCUGAUUUAAAUAUAUUACUCAUAUCUGAAAACUAAUGAACAGAAUUAAACAUUUAAACAGUGUAUUCA